CGGGCGCGGGCUGGGGCGGCAGGCAUGGCGCUCUUCCACAUCGCGCGGUACCCGGGGCCCGAGGCGGCCGAGGCGGCCGGGGCGGAGGCCGAGGAGGACGGCCGGGCGCGGGCGCUGCUGGAGCGGCUGCAACGUCGGGCCCGCGAGCGGCAGCAGCAGCAGCAGCAACCGCGGCAGCAGGAGCCCGAGGAGGCCGCGCAGACCGAGGGCGCGGCGGGGAAGCGGCGGCGGCGCCCGCGGAGGCGCAGGGGCGGCGGGACGCCUGGGAGCCCGCACACGCCGCGGAGCAAGCGGCGGAAAGCGGACGGCGAGGAGGCGGACGCAGUGAGCAGCGAGGAGGCGCCGGAGGAGAGCGGCGUGGACGCCGAGGCCGCGGGGCCACCCGAGGCCCCAGGAGCACGGCCCGCCGACGAGGCCUCUGGGGCGCACGCCCUGCUGCUCGGCGGCUUCGGGAGGAGCAAGGCGCCAAAGGUCCAGCCUUUCCUGCCAAAGUGGCUGGCUGAGCCGAGCUGUGUCAGGAAGAACGUCACCGAAGACACGGUGCCUAUCGAGGACAUCCCUGAAGUCCACCCUGACCUGCAGAAGAAGCUGCGGGCACACGGCAUCUCAUCCUUCUUUCCAGUCCAGGCAGCGGUCAUCCCCGCCCUCCUGGAGAGCACGGCCGGCGGGUUCCUGGUGGGCAGAGGGGGCUACCAGCCCCGGGACCUGUGUGUUUCCGCCCCAACGGGCAGUGGGAAGACGCUGGCCUUCGUCAUCCCGGUGGUGCAGGCCUUGCUGCGGCGAGCUGUGUGCCGGGUCCGCGCUCUGGUUGUGUUGCCCACCAAGGAGCUGGCCCAGCAGGUGAGCAAAGUGUUCAACAUCUACACAGAUGCGACUCCCCUGCGCGUCGCCCUGGUCACUGGGCAGAAGUCGCUGGCCAGGGAGCAGGAGAGCCUCGUGCAGGAGACGGCUGAUGGCUUCCGCUGCCUGGCCGACAUCGUGGUGGCCACCCCCGGCCGCCUGGUGGACCACAUCGACCAGACCCCGGGGUUCAGCCUCCAGCACCUCCGCUUCCUGGUCGUCGACGAGGCCGACCGCAUGAUAGACAGCAUGCACCAGUCCUGGCUCCCGCGGGUGGUGGCCGCUGCCUUCCCGAGGGAGGACACCAGGGACCCCUGUUCUCUGCUCCAGAGGCGGCGGCCCCACGCCCUGACGGCUGCCAGCACCUGCUGCCCCCAGAUGCCCCUGCAGAAGCUGCUGUUCUCAGCCACCCUGACCCAGAACCCCGAGAAGCUGCAGCAGCUCGGCCUGCACCAGCCGCGGCUCUUCUCCACACGGCCCGCCCGCGGGGGGCCCGGCGGCGGUGCCGCCGUGGACGCCGACGCGGACUCGGGCGGGAAGUACACCUUCCCCUCGGGGCUCUCGCAUCACUACGUGCCCUGCCGCCUGCGCUCCAAGCCGCUGGCCGUCCUGCACCUGGUCCUGCAGCGCGGCUUCUCCAGGGUCCUGUGCUUCACCAACUCCCGGGAGACCGCGCACAGGCUCUUCCUGCUAGUCCAAGCUUUCGGGGGGGUGACGGUGGCCGAGUUCUCCUCCCGCUGUGGCCCCGGCUGGAGGAAGACCAUCUUGAAGCAGUUUGAACAGGGGAAGAUUCAGCUCCUCAUCAGCACGGACGCCACCGCCCGCGGCAUCGACGUGCCUGGCGUGCAGCUGGUGGUCAACUACGACGCCCCCCAGUACCUGCGGACCUACGUGCACCGGGUCGGGAGAACGGCCCGCGCUGGGAACACCGGACAGGCCUUCACGCUGCUUCUCAAAGUGCAGGAGAGGAAGUUCCUCCGGAUGCUGACAGAGGGCGGGGCGCCCGCGCUGCAGCGGCACGACCCCCCCAGCGAGCUGCUGCAGCUCCUGGUGCCGCGGUACGAGGAGGCCCUGUCGCAGCUGGAGGAGGCCGUCAAGGAGGAGCAGAGGCAGAAGGCGGCGUAGGUGCGGCUCGGACGCCAGGACCUCCUGCCGCAGCAGAGCGCGCGGGGCCUCCUGCUGGGGGCAGCGCCCUCCUGGAAGAGGCCCCAGGACACGAGGACCCCGCGUCAGGGACCCUCUGGGGUGCACAAGACCAGCUUCUGGCCCCGGCUGGUGCGGCUCAGUGGAUGGAGCGCCGGCCUGCGAACCAAAAGGUCGCCAGUUCGAUGCCCAGUCAGGACACAGGCCUGGGUUGCGGGCCAGGGCCCCCAGGAGGGGGCGCGCGUGAGGCACCUGCACAUGGAUGUUUCUCUCCUUCUCUCCCUCUC